GCACCAUUCUCCAUGAUUUAAUCAUUGUUUUGGGGGUUAAAGAACGUCCGCAGAGCAAUGUGUUUCUGUGAGGUUUGGCUUUAGUCUGCCAGCUGUUCUCAUUGUCACUCUGAGAAUACAGAAGAAAAAAAAUGCAGCUUUGGUACAUUGCAGCUAUUUUUUUGUGCGAUGUCGCUGGUACAGAGGCAAAGGCAGUACAUAGCCUUCCUGAUUUUGGAAAGAGCUAUCAUGUCAAAGGAAUCAUCUCUCUGCCCUAUGCUGAAAUUGAGGAACCAUUUGAGGCCUGGUUAGACCUAACAGCAAAGUCAAGCCGGAUAGACUACUACCACGGCCAGGUUUUGACUUACCAGUUAGCUUCAGAGCAGCAGUAUGGCACUGCCUAUAAGAUCUCGCCUGAGACCACUGAAGAGGAGCUAAAUGUGAUGAAGUGCUUCCAGAUUAACGGAACAAAGGACGAAGCAGUCACACCGCAGGCUGCGCUCCCCGAUGUGCAGGGCUUCCAGUUCCUGAGGGUGGAGUACUACAGAGGUUCCCUGUGUGAAGUCUGGCAGAAUGUGACCACUGUGGGUUACAAGAAGAACACGUACACACUGUGGGUGACACAUUCAGAGCGAGGUGCAGAUGGAGGAAAAGACACCUCCAUUCCCAUUCACUAUGAGAUGAUGGGAUACAACACUCUGCUGGGGUCCCAUUACGACAAGUACUUGGUGGAAUACAAGGAGUUCAGCACUGACGUGAACCCCAAAGUCUUCCUGCUGCCUGAAGGCAUGAGUUGUGGUGGGUUUCCUGGUCCUGGAGUGGAGCACCAUAUGUUGGCCAAUCCAAUGAAAGAUCUCAUCCACACCUCAGCGUCAGGCCAGUCACAGCGCAUGUUCAGCCAUUUCAAGGACAAGUUCCAGCGGCAGUACAACGAUGAAAGGGAGCACGAGAAGAGGGAGCAUGCUUUUGUUCUUAACCUACGGUACAUUCACUCUAAGAACAGAGCGGGCAUGUCUUUCUCUCUGGCUCUGAACUCUCUGUCGGAUCGCACCAUGUCUGAGCUGGCAACCAUGAGGGGAAGAAAAAGGGGAAAGACCCCAAACAGAGGGCUCCCCUUCCCCUUCAAAGCUUACAAAAGAGUCAAUCUUCCCGAGUCACUCGACUGGAGGCUUUAUGGCGCCGUGACCCCAGUAAAGGACCAGGCCAUCUGUGGCUCCUGCUGGAGCUUUGCCACCACUGGAGCAGUAGAGGGUGCUCUCUUCUUAAAGACGGGCUCUCUGCAGGUUCUGUCUCAGCAGAUGCUGAUCGACUGCUCCUGGGGUUUCGGUAAUAACGGCUGCGAUGGCGGGGAGGAGUGGAGAGCGUACGAGUGGAUCAUGAAGCACGGAGGCAUCGCCACAAUGGAAACAUAUGGCGCCUACAUGGGGAUGAACGGAUUUUGCCACACGAACUCGUCCGAGCUCGCUGCACGUAUCCAGAGCUACACGAACGUCACGUCUGGCGAUCAACUGGCCCUCAAGCUGGCGCUCUUUAAAAACGGCCCCGUUGCCGUGAGUAUCGACGCGUCACAUCGCUCGUUUGUUUUCUACAGUAACGGCGUCUACUACGAACCUGCUUGUGGGAACACUGUGGAUGAUCUGGACCAUGCUGUGCUUGCAGUGGGAUAUGGCACCCUGAAUGGAGAGCCAUACUGGCUCAUCAAGAACUCUUGGUCCACAUACUGGGGCAAUGAUGGCUACAUCCUCAUGUCUAUGAAGGAUAACAACUGUGGUGUUGCCACUGAUGCUACAUAUGUUACACUGGCAUAGACUGUCUUCUUUUAAAGCCUUUAUGUUGCUGUUGAUGCCACUUCAUGACUGCUGAAUUACACUUAAUCUUGAUGUGUGUGUUAGGCCAGCUUUAUGGGAAAAAAGCCUAAGAACUUAUCGUGGACUGAACUAAACAUGGCAGCCUGAUUGGGAGGAGACAGCACUACAGUGUGUUGCAUUGAUAACAAGACAAACUGGAUCAUUGUGAAGUAAAAAGUGUUACGUCCCGAUAAUCUAUUUUGUCUCUGUGGUGUUAGUUUUUUAAUUGCUGCUGGAAGGCAGAAUUUUUAUUGAAAACAAAUUUAAAUAAAUUUGCUGGUCCCAGGAA